AUGUGGAUCAAGACCUUUGUGCGGAACUACGGCCUGUACAUACUGCUCGAGUCGCAGUGGACGCGGUUGCAUGUGCCUCAGGUGCUUCGCGUCUUCUGGCUUACGCGACUCACCGAGCAGGCCAUCUACAUUAUGCUCGCCUCGAAUGAGACGAACAGCGCCGCCCUCCUGGGCAGCCUGCGCUACCUGCUCGUCCGUGGCUGCGAGACGGUGAUCGCCGUGCUGGGCAUGACCAGCGUCCUCUCCGGCAUCUCCCACCAGAUUGGCUGCGCCAUGCAGGUCUUCCUCGUGGUGGAGGACCCCGAGGACCGCUCCAUUGGGGCCGUCUCCGCCAUCCUCUUCUUCAUCCUCGCCCUCCAAAAUGGGCUCACCUCGCUGGAGCCGGAGAAGCGCUUCAUGCGCCUCUACCGCAACUUCUGCCUCCUCUUCACCGCCAUCCUCCACUUUAUCCACAACAUGGUCUCGCCGCUGCUGUUCUCCCUCUCCGCCUCGCGCAACAUGUCCGUCAACCGGCACGCCCGGGCCCUCCUCGUCUGUCUCUUUCUCUUCACGGCGCCCAUUCUCUUUCUCUACUACCUCUGGGCGCACCACUCCCUCUCGACGUGGCUGCUGGCGGUGACCGCCUUCAGCAUUGAGGUGGUGAUCAAGGUGGUCAUCUCCCUUCUGAUCUACACCCUCUUCAUGGUGGACGCCUUCCGCAGCUCGAUGUGGGAGCAGCUGGACGACUACGUCUACUACAUCAGGGCCACCGGCAACUCCAUUGAGUUCAUCUUUGGCAUCUUCCUCUUCUUCAACGGCGCCUGGAUACUGCUCUUUGAGUCCGGGGGGACGAUUCGCGCGCUGAUGAUGUGCAUUCACGCCUACUUCAACAUCUGGUGCCAGGCGAUUGCCGGCUGGAAGACCUUCAUCAAGCGCCGUCACGCAGUGCACAAGAUCAACUCGCUGCCGCAGGCGUCCGCCGAGCAGCUGCGCGCCUUUGAGGACGUCUGUGCAAUUUGCUAUCAAGAGCUGACCACGGCCCGCAUUACCCGCUGCAAUCACUACUUUCACAGUGCCUGUCUCUCCAAGUGGCUGUACCUGCAGGACACCUGCCCACUUUGCCACAAGACGCUGUACAACGUCCAGGAGACGAACAACGAGUCGAUCAGUCUGCUGAACAAUGACCAGGAACAGGAGCAACAGCAACAGCAGCAGCAGCAGCAGCAGCAGCAGCAGCAUGAACAUCACGAUUAG